AUGGCGGGAGGGCACGACGGCGAAGAACUCAAAAAGGACAGGAAGGAGCGCCCAGAGGUCGCGAAUCUGAACCAUCCAGGGGGGUCGGGAGGCGUGGAGAUGAAGCAGCAACGAAGGAAAAACGAGGCGGACAGUGCUACGAUCUCCAUUGAUUGUCGCGUGGCACAGACUUCCGCUGAAAGCCCUACCCAGCGAAAGACGAUGACCGAGGAUGACAUCCAUCGUGAUUUUUCGAGUCCGGAGGAGAAAAACAGCCCUCUUAGACGGCUUUGGGGAAAGGCCCGCCGUUUCUCUAUUAUCGGAUGCAUUCUAUCUGUCGUUCCGCUACAAGGAGUGCUGCGGACGUAUAAAUGGAGUUAUCUGCUGCCGGAUGUUUUUGCAGGAAUAUCAGAAGGAGUGAUGGCGAUACCGCAGGGGAUGUCUUACGCGAUGUUAGCGCGUCUGCCCCCGCAGAUGGGGUUGUAUGUGAAUUUCGUGUAUCCUCUGGUGUACAUGGUGUUUGGGACUGGCCGGCAUGUGGCUGUUGGGGUUUCUGCAAUUGAAGAUCUUUUGCUGGGGGAGUCAGUGACGCGCAUAAUAGGUGAGAGGGAGCGGUUGGAGGACAUCGCUUUGGCUCGGGCGUUGGCUGUGGACUCGAAGACAUCGGCGGAAGCGCGUGCGGUGUUAGAGGAGACAGCAGAUUUGAAUGCAUCUUUGCUGCACGACAACAGGAUGGCGAUAUCUGUGGGCAUGUCUGUCUGCGUGGGUCUUGUGUUUCUCCUGAUGCGGAUCCUACAAGCCGGGCUGCUUGCAGAUCUCCUGGCAGUCCCGGUUCUCUCCGGCUUCUCUACCGCCAGCGCCUUCCUCAUCGGCACCUCGCAGCUUAAACAUGCCCUGGGCCUCAGCAUUCCUGCUGCGGUAGAGGACGCUGACUUCAAGUUGCUGAGACAGUGGUGGUACUGCGCCACCCAUAUUCAAGAAGCUAAUUGGGUUUCCGUCGGCAUUUGCGUGGCUUCCCUCUGCAUCCUCGCUGUCUGCAAAGUGCUGAACAAGCGGUGUUCUGGUUUGGUGUGUGCAGCUGAGGGCGGCGACCCUGUGGUGGUGCAACGGAAUGUUUGCUUGAUGAUGCUACGGGAGGCAUUAGCUUUAACUGCUAUGUUUUUCGUCAUUCACAUUUCUAUUGCCAAGACAAUCACCCAGCAGAAGAAGACGUAUAGCAUUCGGCCGGACCAGGAGUUGGUGGCCUUAGGCGCCUGCAACUUCGUUGGUUCCUGCUUCCAGUGUUUCCCUAACGCGACGUCUCUGUCUCGUACUUGCGUCGUUGCUUCUACUGGGGGUUUGACGCAAUUGCAUCAAAUAUCCAACGCCUUGGUGUUGGUUUUUACACUGUCCUUUAUGACGCCGCUGCUCUACGCUCUGCCUAAUGCCGUACUCGCGGCUGUUGUUUUGUUUGGGGUGUACGGAAUGCUGGACUUCAAGGAGUGCGUUCGUUUGGCGAAGAUCGGGGGAUUGGAUGUGCUGCUGUGGCUGGUAUGCUUUCUGAUUACAAUCAUCUUCGGCGCUAUGGAGGGCAUUCUCGCCUCCAUUCUUCUGUCGCUCCUGUGGCUGCUGCGAAAGACAGCAAGACCGGCCUGUGCGAUCCUUGGAAAACUUCCCAAGACCUUCAUCUACAGAAACAUCAAACGUUUCCCUAUGGCAGUGGAGGAAGAAGGCAUCCGCAUAUUGCGUUUUGACGCGUCAUUGAAUUUCAGCAAUAGCGAUUUCUUUGAGUCUCGAGUGCUGCACUCUUUGCUGCCUUCAACACGUGUGAUGAUAGUUGAUGGCUCAUCUAUUAACGACUUGGAUGUGACGGCUAUCCGCAUGUUGGAGCGGCUAGUGAAGACUUUGGGGGAGAGGGGUGUUCUGCUACUGUUUGCCAACUGGAAAGGGCCCAUGAGGGACUUCCUGCAAAAGGCCGCUUUCUAUGAUGUCUUGCCUCCUGAACACUGCUUUCUUUCGAUUCCCGAUGCGGUUUUCUGGGCCAACAGGAGAAUGGCAUUAGGAGAUACUUCCAAGGAAACACUUGGGGCGGCUGCGCCUCAGACGUGGAGUCCCGCUGGCUCGCAUGCGGGUGCAUCGACCCCUGCUGUUGGCGGCAGCCUGACUCCCAAAGGUCCUCCGCCUUCCGUUGCGUUGCGCCCGGUGGACGUACGCUAUGCGGAAAGACGAAGAGGAGGGGGGACCCGCAGGGUUUUCAAGCCGAAGGCUUUGCCUUUCUUUGGAAAUAAUGUAGCAUGCCUCAAAGGUGCACAGACAUCGCAAAGCGAGCUGAUGCUGGACUUGGGCGAGAAGAGGAGAAGCCGGGCGGCGUUCAGGCGGCGGUCCACCCGGUCUCAGAGUCUAACGAGCCUUCAGGAGAUGGACGAUGCUGCGGUUCUCGUGAAUUGUCGGCGCUUCUGUCCCUGUGUUGUUUUUCUCCUCUUAGCGGAAACUGCAGACGGCUUAGGUGUGUUGGGAGGGCCCCACCAUUCCAUUUUGUGGGACGGCCUGAGCGCUCGUUCAGUGGACGGCUUGCGAGUUGUGACAGAGAUUACAGGCAGUGGACAGGCAGUGCGCUGGACUGUCUGCGCCACCGCGCAGGAAGACGAAGGUCAAAGCCCGAAGGAGCAACAACAGAUGCAGCAAGAUAUGCAACAGGAUGCACAACAAGAAAUGCAAGGAGAACACUCACCAAAGGGUGUACUAAUUCCAUGCAGCUCGUCUCACGAAAUGCGCGAAGGGCAGGUGACGCACCGGCUACGUAGCGAGGCUGGGGAACCAAAAGCAAAGCCUUGA